AUGAAGUCCAGGGACGAGAAUGGCUCUGCUGAAAGCAAGUCGGACAUGGCUCUGGUUCAGAUGUUAUCGCAAGAAAAGCAGAUGAAGCAUAGACUAUCCUGGUACUACGCACCAUCCUUUCUGCUCCUGUGGGUUGUACUAUUCUAUGCGGUGGUGUAUCCUUUGUACCAUCGACUUCCCGACUCCGUUCUGAUAGCGGAUGAAUCCAGUAAGCCUGGCCAAUUUGUGGCCGAGAGGGCCCAAAGAUUGCUCUACAAAUACGACAGGAUCGGACCCAAAGUGGUGGGCAGUGUGGCCAAUGAGGUGACAACGGUGGCUUUUCUCGUGGAGGAAGUGGAGAAUAUCCGGGCAGCAAUGCGAAGUGAUCUUUACGAGGUGGAACUGGAUGUUCAGCAGCCCUCGGGAGCUUACAUGCACUGGCAAAUGGUGAACAUGUAUCAAGGUGUGCAGAAUGUGGUGGUGAAAAUAAGUUCAAAGAGCUCUAAUAGUUCGUCCUACCUUCUGGUAAACAGCCACUUUGAUUCCAAACCCAGCAGUCCCGGUUCCGGUGAUGAUGGCACCAUGGUUGUGGUUAUGCUAGAGGUUCUCCGUCAAGUGGCCAUAUCGGGAACCCCUUUCGAACAUCCCAUAGUAUUUCUGUUCAACGGAGCUGAGGAGAAUCCAUUGGAGGCGUCGCAUGGUUUUAUAAAACUUCACAAAUGGGCGGCAAAUUGCAAGGCUCUCAUCAACCUAGAAGUAGCCGGCAGUGGAGGUCGUGAUCUGUUGUUCCAGAGCGGUCCCAAUAAUCCCUGGCUCAUUAAGUACUACUACCAAAAUGCGAAGCAUCCGUUUGCCACCACAAUGGCCGAGGAGAUAUUUCAGUCUGGCAUUUUGCCAUCGGAUACGGAUUUCCGUAUCUUUCGGGACUACGGAUCGCUGCCAGGUCUUGAUAUGGCGCAAAUCAGCAAUGGCUAUGUUUAUCACACGAUUUUUGAUAAUGUUCAGGCGGUGCCCAUUGAUUCCCUUCAAAGUUCGGGAGAGAAUGCUUUAUCUCUGGUACGGGCUUUUGCCAAUGCCAGUGAAAUGCACAACCCAGAGGAUUACAGCGAAGGACAUGCCGUCUUUUUUGAUUACCUCGGUCUAUUUUUUGUUUACUACACUGAAACCACUGGCAUAAUCCUGAACUGUUGCAUUGCUGUUAUCAGUUUGGUUCUGGUGGGCUGUUCUCUUUUGAGGAUGUCUCGUGAAUCGGAUGCCUCGAUUGGUCAAAUAUCCAUAUGGUUUGCCAUUAUCCUGGGACUCCAUGUGCUGGGAAUGAUUCUCAGUCUCGGAUUGCCCCUGCUGAUGGCGGUUCUGUUCGAUGCCGGAGAUCGUUCGAUGACGUAUUUCAGUAACAAUUGGUUGGUGAUUGGCCUCUUCAUCGUUCCAGCAGUUAUUGGACAGGUUCUGCCCUUGACGCUCUAUUACACCCUGAAACCGAAUGAGAACAUUAGCCACCCCAAUCACAUACAUAUGAGUCUUCAUGCGCAUUCUGUACUGCUGUCUUUAAUUGCCAUUAUCCUGACUGCAAUAAGUCUGAGAACUCCUUAUCUUUGCAUGAUGUCGUUGCUGUUUUACGCGGGAGCUCUUUUGAUUAAUCUCUUGAGUACUCUCCAUGAUCGCGGAUACUAUUGGGUGUUGAUAGUGCAAGUCCUGCAACUGAUGCCAUUCCUGUACUUCUGCUACCUCUUCUACACCUUCCUCUUGGUUUUCUUUCCCAUGUUGGGACGUUUUGGCCAUGGCACGAAUCCUGAUCUCCUGGUCGCCCUCAUCUGCGCUCUGGGAACUUUCUUUGCCUUGGGUUUUGUGGCUCCCCUGAUAAACAUGUUCCGCUGGCCAAAAUUGGCAUUGCUCUGCCUGGGAGUAGUCACCUUUAUAUUCAGCAUGAUUGCGGUUUCCGAUGUGGGCUUCCCAUAUCGCGCCAAAACCAGUGUGAUGAGAAUUCAUUUCUUGCACGUUCGUCGCAUUUUCUACGAGUACGAUGGCUCUGUGAGUCUCAGUGAUUCUGGCUACUACUUCGACUUCCAGGAUCGUCGGCUCUAUUAUCCUCUAGAGGAUACGACAGUGAACCUAACUGGCCUCGUUAGCACAGCCUCCGAUUGCGAUAAGUACCUGAUGUGCGGAGUUCCCUGCUUCAAUCACCGCUGGUGUAAGACCCGCACUAAGAGUCAUUGGCUUCCGAGGGAGCAGGAGGUGGCCAUUCCAGGUGCCACGUCUCUGAAACUUCUCAGCAAGACGGUCUUGGAAUCUGGUAAAGUGGCUCGAUUUGAAUUCGAAAUCUCUGGGCCACCACACAUGAGCCUAUACAUACAACCGCUGGAUGGGGUUGAGGUAGAGGAUUGGUCCUUCAUCCGAAAUAUGCUGGAUGAGCCCGAAACGUAUUCGGCUCCCUAUCAAAUAUUCUUCGCCUAUGGAAAGGAUAAUUCUCCCCUAAAGUUUCACAUUGAUUUUGCGAAAUCUUCGGCAGACUUCAGCACUCCAACUUUCCAGCUUGGUUUUGCUGCUAGCUUUGUGAGCUACGAUUACGCACGUGACGCUGCUGGCCUAAAGUUUAUAUCCGAUUUCCCCGACUUUGCCCACGUUAUGGAAUGGCCCACUUUAUAUGAACGUUAUAUAUUCUAAGUUAUCGCCUUAUUUUGUUUGCACCAAACAACGCCUCUGUUAGCUAUAAAACCUAGACUAAUGCCUAAUAUUAAACGCACUGCUUGGUGUGAUGGAAAC